ACGAUCUCGUGCAGCUGUUCAGUUGUAACGUAAACAAACAACGAAGCGGAGCUUGGAUCAGGGCUUUGUAUGAAUAUUAAUGAAAUAGUUGUGUGCUUAAUAAAUGUGUAGAUACGUUUUAUUCCACUAAAAACUUCAAAGAAAAACACUAAACGAUGGCCACGAAAAGUCGUUGCUGCGUAGUUGGUGCCGGUGCGGCGGGCCUCUGCGCGCUCAAAUACGCACGGGAAUAUGGCAUGGAAGCGGUGGCCUAUGAGAAAUGUAAUGAAAUCGGCGGUACCUGGGUGUACACUGAACAUGCCCUUGAUGGGUGUGCAACGGCGGAGGAGGUGCACAGCAGCAUGUAUGAAGGGUUGCGUACCAACUUGCCAAAGGAAGUGAUGGAUUUUCCCGAUUUUAAAUUUCCCGCGAAUUUGCGCGAAUCCUACAUUCUGGCUAGUGAUGUUUUGAAAUACUUUCAAGCAUACGCGCAACACUUCCAACUACUGCCACAUAUUAAAUUGCAACAAGAGGUAAUACGCGUGCGGCCAUUGCAUGGCAAAUGGGAGGUUUUAACGCUUGAUUUGCUCAGCGACAUCUAUAAAACGGAGCAAUUCGAUUAUAUUUUCAUAUGCAAUGGCCGUUAUGCUACACCCUCUUAUCCGAGUACUGAGGGCAUCGAUCUCUAUAAAGGCAAUAAAAUGCACAGCCAUGUUUUUCGCAAAGCUGAGACAUUCAAAGAUGCCACGGUCCUCAUGGUAGGUGCCGGCCGCAGCGGCAUGGACAUCACUCAUCAUAUUUACCCGUAUGCCAAACGCAUCUACCUCAGUCACCACCUCCAACAGAAGCCACCAAUCACAGACUUUAUGCCGAAUGUUGUACAAAAGCCGCUUGUGCAGCGCUACACGGAAAGUGGCGCCGUUUUCAAGGAUGGCACUCAAGCCAACUUCACUCACAUUAUAUUCUGUACUGGUUACAAUUUAACAAUUCCCUUCCUCAGCGUCGAUUGCAAUCUACAAGUGCAUGACAAUUUCGUAUUUCCACUCUACAAGCAUUGCAUCAACAUCUAUCAUCCGACGAUGUGCUUCAUAGGAUUACCAAUUUAUGCCUACCCGAUACAACUCUUCGACAUACAGAUGCGCUUUGUGAUGCAAUACUACAGCGGAAAAUUGCAAUUGUCCAGUACAGAAGACAUGCUAGCGGACACGGAACGCGAUUUGGCAGAGCGUAGAGAGCGUGGAUUACCGCGCAGAAAGUCGCAUGUGGUAGGCGAGCGACAAUUCGAUUACUAUGAUGAACUGGUGGCAUUGACGGGCAUCGACAAUAUCAGGCCAGUCAUCAAGAAACUUUCAAAAAGUUGUGGCGGCAAAUUUCUCUAUGAUUUACAAAAUUAUCGCAAAACAGCUUUUAAAGUAAUUGACGAUGAACAUUUUGUGCAAUUUAAACUGGGCGAAGUGAUUAAUACAAAAACCAAAUAUUGGACGAAAAUGACCACCAAACGGCGUGUGUGUAUUAUAGGGGCUGGAAUGGCUGGGCUCACGGCGCUGAAGAAUUCAUUGGCGCACGAUUUGGAGGCAGUCGCAUACGAACGUCACUCAGGCGUGGGUGGCACUUGGAUUUAUAUGGAACGUAAGGAGGAUGAAAAUGAGGAGGAUGUGCACAGCAGCAUGUAUUGUGGUUUGCACACCAAUUUGCCCAAGGAAGUAAUGGGUUUUCCAGAUUAUGAUUUCGAUACAAAUAUUGAAGAGUCGUUUAUCAAAUCUGAGUUGGUAUUAGAGUAUCUGCAAAAUUAUUCAAAGCAUUUUAAACUAUCACCAUUUAUCAAGUUGGAACACGAGAUAGUACGGGUGCGACCACUUAACGAUGGUUGGGAGGUUACCGUACACGACCUCAGAAACGACAGAUAUUUUGUGGAGUAUUUUGAUUUUGUGUUUGUCUGUAAUGGACACUUCACGACGCCUAUGUACCCCGAAACCAAAGAUCUGGACAAAUAUCGAGGCAACCGUCUACACAGUCAUUUAUAUAGAACUCCGGACAUUUUGAAAGGCCAUACUGUUCUAGUAGUUGGUGGCGGUCCGAGUGCCGUUGAUAUUGUCCACCACAUAUACCUACAUGCCGCGCACAUCUAUCUCAGCCAUCACUUAGAAACUGCACCACGUACAGAAUUUAUGCCGAACGUGACACAGAAGCCAGAUAUUCAGCGUUUCACUGAAGAUGGCGCCAUUUUCACGGAUGGCAGCAGCACAACCUUUUCCUAUGUGAUUUUUUGCACUGGUUAUAAAUACACCUUCCCCUUUCUGAGCGUCGAUUGUGGCCUGAGCGUGGAUGUCAAUUGGGUGCAUCCACUCUACAAACACUGUUUAAAUAUUAAUAAGCCUUCUAUGGCCAUCAUUGGUUUGCCUCAUCAAAUCUGUCCGGCUCAACUUUUCGAUUUGCAAGUGCGUUUUGCGCUUGCCUUUUUUACGGAGCAUAAGCAGCUGCCUAGUCGCACCGAUAUGAUGGCAGAAAUGGAGGCCGAUAUGGAGGAGCGUUGGGCGAACGGGGUAUCGAAACGUGUGGCGCAUAAAAUGGGACCAAAGCAGUUUGACUACUAUGAUGACUUAGCUGCUACAGCGGGCAUUACAAAACUUAAGCCCGUAGUGGGCAAAAUGAUGAAAGCGUGCUCCAAGAGAUAUAUUUUUGAGUUGGAUACAUAUCGGCAAAGUCGUUUCAAAGUUGUUGAUGAUGAGAACUUUGUACGAAUUGCUUAGUUAUAAUUCCAGUUUGUAAAAAACUAUACCAUUUUUUAAUAUGAGGGUCGUUUGAAAAGUCUGUUGCAAAGUGUGAGAUAUGGCACUACUGGCGCGUAUUGAGGCUACGUUUAGUUAGUAGCAUCUCUUGGAAGAACGCACACCAAGUCUCAGCCAAACUGGUAUAUUUCUUUGUGUUGGUUUUUGUUUGAAUCUAGAAGUCAAGUGAUCGCAAAAUAUAGUUCCAACUCAUUUCACAUUCCCCAUAUGGUCCAGACUUGGCUACCUCAGAUCCUUCGGACUACUAUUUGUUCCCCAAUUUGAAAAAAUGGCUGGCGGGAGAUGGGGGUUUUAUUCAAACGACGCGGGGUUUGCAGAAACGAAAUUCUAUUUUUCGGAAAGGAAAUAAAAUAGCUAUGGACGAAGUGUAUACGCCUAAAAGGCGACUAUGUUGAAAAAUACAAACGGUUUGCCCCAAACAAUUAAGUAGUUUUUAUUUUUGCACGGACUUUUCAAACGACCCUCGUAUAUCAAAGAUUUGUUGUUUUUAUUAAAUUGUUUAUUUAGUAUAUUACAAUAUUUAUAAAAAAAAGUAUUAAAAAACUAUGAUUUACACAAUACAAGGCU